AUGGGCAGCGGAUCUCUACCUGAAGGCCUCAUCUAUAACUCGGCGCCGGAUGGAAAUGCAGCCAAGGAAGUGACCUCUUUUGAAAUGCCUAUGACCAACGAAUCUGAUGGUCGACGCAAUAGGCUUCGUUUCAAUAUUGCGUUAGUCGUUCCCACUGCUAUGGUCGAAUACCCUGGAACUUGCGAAUCAUAUCUCAACAGAGGGCAGACAUACACUCUCAGAGUGAUAGACACAUUGUCAUUUGUAACAUCUUCCCGGUCUCGUCAAUAUCGAACCUUUGUACGCGUUUCCUUUGAAAAUGAGGACCAGCGAUCAAAUUCGGCAUCUUCUUGGCAGUUGUGGAUUGACAGCCGAGGUUCCAGUGAGGCACAUCUUGAAAGCAGGGCACUGUUAGCAGUGGAAUACAUUCACACGGAGAGUGCUGAAGCCAAGACGGAUUACGAGAUUCAGCUCGAGAAGACAUCUGUUGAUGGGUUUUGCGUUAUUAGGUCUGCUAGGCCGACUGCUAGCUUGGUUCACUGCGCUAUCUUGAUGCGAUUCAAUUUCACGUCAACGGAUUUCAGUCACUCGAAGGGCGUGAAAGGCAUCCCUUUACGGCUUUGCGCAAAAACCCAGGCUCUACCUUCGGAUGACCCUGGUAUCACACGUGGGCCGGAGUUAUGCUGCUGCAAAAUCAAAGUCUUUCGAAAUCAUGGUGCUGAGCGGAGAUUGGCCAAUGACAAUACACGCGUGAAAAAGGUCAUUGAAAAGCUGCAGAGAGAAAUAGCUCUAUUACAGGCAAAUUCUGCAAUUGGACUAGACAGGCGAAAGCGGAGGCGCAUGUCUCUUGAUGGUGCAGCUGAGCCAUCAUCACAGAAGGACUGUCUCCUAAUGGAAUUAGCUAGGAAGCAAGAUAUGCUACGGUCAACUCUUUCAAUCAGCGUGUUGAAUCUACGUUGUGAUAAAGAGGAUGAUCCCGACCUCUUUCCGGUGCAACUGCCUGCAAGGAAUACCCCCGCCCCAACCCAGAACAAUGCUUUGGAAGCUGCCGAAGCUUCUUUUCUCACCCCUAUCGUGGAUGUGUAUAAGCCCACCGGUGACUCAAACGAUCAGAGUCUGCCGAAGCAAGAGCUCAUUGCCUGCUUCGUCGUCCGUUUCGCUGACGACACGAGCGAUCUUUACCGGGUUAUCUACUUGACAGAGCGUACAGUACAGGACCUAACGCGCAAAAUCUGCGAAAGGCGCCAUAUCGACCCGUUGCAUGUUGUCCGAAUCUUGCACAUAAAUAAAGAUGACUUAAAGAUUGUGGUCGAUGACGACGUUUUUCGCGAGCUUCCAGAGGGCCAGAGUAUGAUUGUGGAGAUAGACAGCGGCCAGAGUUUAUUUGGCAAUGGGGUCGCGGUUCAUCCUGCGGUUGAGAUCAGAUUAGAAUACUGA